CUUCAUAGUUCUCAUCCCCACAAAAUGACAACUGCCAUAUUCACCUUCACAUUCCUCCCUCUCUUCCUCCUCUUCUCAUCAACCUUCACUUCCAUAACUGCCAACAAUGUCAUCUCUGAAACCUGCAAGGAAUGUGCUCAAAAAAACCCCAGCCUGAGCUACAAGUUCUGCGUGACUUCUCUCCAAGCCGACCCAAACAGCCAAGGCGCCGAUCUCCGGCAACUAGGCCUCAUCUCCAUGAAGCUAGUCCAGCACAACGUGACCAACACAAGGCGCUUCAUCAAGCAUCUUCUCAAGAACGAGGAGCUUGACAAGUUCGUAAGGAUGUAUUUGGAUGACUGUUUGGACCUUUACACAGACGCCAUACCUAGCAUCAAGCAAGCCGUCAAGGAUUACAAAAUGAAGGACAACAGACACGCCAAUAUCGAAGUGAGUUCGGUCGCCGGUGCCGCCACGACUUGCGAAGAUGGAUUCGAAGAGAGACCAGGGUUGGUUUCGCCAUUAACGAAGAGGAACAACGAGAUGUUUCAGCUGUGUGUUAUAGCGCUUAGGAUUAUCAAUAUGGUCAGUUCGCCGUUUUAUUAAAUAAAGAGGAGAUAAUAUAUAUGUAUGCAUGGCUGGGUGUGUUUCAUGAAUUUGUAAUCUUAUUAUUGGAUUAUUGUGGUC